GCUGAAAAUGCAGAUUUAGCAUCAAGCACAGACACACACUAGCUCUUUCUCUCGGGUACACACAGCUCCGCACAUUCGCACCCCUGCCAGCCAGCCGGGCUGCACGACUCCACAGCUUCCCUGGCAGCCAGCUGCUGGUGGACAGCGCACAAAUUUGCUCUUUGCCGAGCUUCUCUUCUGCCUCUUUUGCUAUACAAAGAUUUUUUUUAAAGAAAAACAGAAACAAAAAACUACAUUCCUAUUUUUAAUUUGCAUCUCCCUGCUCGUCCCCUGCUCCACCACCCUGCCCGCCUCGCAGCCCCACUUUUCACUCCUGAAGGAUGGAGGUCGGUUGUGGAUCGCAGUGGAAGGCUGCCGGGCUUCUCUUCUGUGUCAUGGUUUUUGCGUCUGCUGAGAGACCGGUCUUCACGAAUCAUUUUCUCGUGGAGUUGCAUAAAGACGGGGAGGAAGAGGCUCGCCAAGUUGCAGCAGAACAUGGCUUUGGAGUCCGAAAGCUCCCCUUCGCGGAAGGCCUGUAUCAUUUUUAUCACAACGGCCUUGCAAAGGCCAAAAGAAGACGCAGCCUGCACCACAAGCAGCAGCUGGAGAGAGACCCCAGGGUAAAGAUGGCCCUGCAACAAGAAGGCUUUGACCGUAAGAAGAGAGGCUAUAGGGACAUCAAUGAGAUUGACAUCAACAUGAAUGAUCCUCUUUUUACAAAGCAAUGGUACCUGUUCAACACUGGACAAGCUGAUGGCACGCCUGGCCUCGACUUGAAUGUGGCCGAAGCCUGGGAGCUGGGGUACACGGGCAAAGGAGUGACCAUUGGGAUUAUGGAUGAUGGAAUUGACUAUCUCCACCCAGACCUGGCCAACAACUAUAACUCGGAUGCAAGUUAUGACUUCAGCAGCAAUGACCCCUACCCGUACCCUCGAUACACAGAUGACUGGUUCAACAGCCACGGAACUAGAUGUGCAGGAGAAGUUUCUGCUGCAGCCAGCAACAAUAUCUGUGGAGUCGGCGUAGCAUACAACUCCAAGGUGGCAGGCAUCCGCAUGCUGGACCAGCCCUUCAUGACAGACAUCAUUGAGGCCUCCUCCAUCAGCCACAUGCCUCAGCUCAUUGACAUCUACAGUGCAAGCUGGGGGCCCACAGACAAUGGGAAGACGGUCGACGGGCCCCGAGAGCUCACGCUGCAGGCCAUGGCAGAUGGCGUGAACAAGGGCCGCGGGGGCAAAGGCAGCAUCUAUGUGUGGGCGUCCGGGGACGGUGGCAGCUAUGAUGACUGCAACUGUGACGGCUACGCCUCAAGCAUGUGGACCAUCUCCAUCAACUCAGCCAUCAACGACGGCAGGACCGCCCUGUACGACGAGAGCUGCUCUUCCACCUUAGCCUCCACCUUCAGCAACGGGAGGAAGAGGAACCCUGAGGCGGGUGUGGCCACCACAGACUUAUACGGCAACUGUACCCUGAGGCAUUCUGGAACAUCUGCAGCUGCUCCUGAGGCAGCCGGCGUGUUUGCACUGGCUUUAGAGGCUAACGUGGAUCUGACCUGGCGAGACGUGCAGCACCUGACUGUGCUCACCUCCAAGAGGAACCAGCUUCACGAUGAGGUCCACCAGUGGCGAAGGAACGGGGUUGGCCUGGAGUUCAAUCACCUCUUUGGCUACGGAGUCCUUGAUGCAGGUGCCAUGGUGAAAAUGGCUAAAGACUGGAAAACUGUCCCUGAGAGAUUCCACUGUGUAGGAGGCUCCGUGCAGAAUCCUGAGAAAAUACCACCCACCGGCAAAUUGGUACUGACCCUCAAAACAGAUGCCUGUGAGGGGAAAGAAAACUUUGUCCGCUACCUAGAGCAUGUGCAAGCUGUCAUCACAGUGAAUGCAACCCGAAGAGGAGACCUGAACAUCAACAUGACGUCCCCCAUGGGCACCAAGUCCAUUUUGCUGAGCCGGCGUCCAAGAGACGAUGACUCCAAGGUGGGCUUCGACAAGUGGCCUUUCAUGACCACCCACACCUGGGGGGAGGACGCCCGGGGGACCUGGACCCUGGAGCUGGGCUUUGUGGGCAGUGCCCCACAGAAGGGGUUGCUCAAGGAAUGGACCCUGAUGCUACAUGGCACGCAGAGUGCCCCAUACAUUGAUCAGGUGGUGCGGGAUUACCAGUCCAAGCUAGCCAUGUCCAAGAAGCAGGAGCUGGAGGAAGAGCUGGAUGAGGCAGUGGAGAGAAGUCUGCAAAGCAUCCUGAGGAAGAACUAGGGCCAUGCUUCAUCCUUCACCUCCCCCUCCUCCCUGUCUCUGCCUCUGUCCUUGCUCCACAGUUCUGGCAGCCACCAGCCGCCCAGAAAUUCCUGUUACCCCCACACAAGCAAUCCCAGCCUGGUCUGCAGCUUUGCUCACUGUCAAUGAUUAUUUGCACCACAAUGGAAGCAAUCGUUUUUAUUCUGUAGCCCAAAUAUAGCGUUCCUACCAACAUCUA